AUGGCACCCGCAGUGGACCCUUCCGUCACCUCAGACGCUAGCUUCUCUUUUGCCUCGAAAAGCGAAAGCCCAGAUCUAGGACUUAUACCUCCUCCCAUGGCCCAACAGCCGUCACCAUACCGGCCAACCGUCAUCCGAGCCGGCGACGAAGUCGAAUUCUUUUCGGGCGAGCUAGACCGCCACCUCACCGACCUCAGAGGAACCACAGAAGAGAAGCGCGCCCAGGUCUUCCAGCUUGUCGACUCUUACCAUGCAUACUCGAGGAAAAGGGCGGAUCGGCUCCGCGAGCGCCAGCCACGCAAACUCACCCUCCGCGAAAACGAAAUGGACAUUGACGAUAACGAAACCGACGACCUAACCGCAAACUUCGACGAAGAAUAUCGGAAAUCAGAAGAGGAGGCGCAAACAUGGGAUCUCCUUAGGCGCAUGCUGCCCCUGGAGUACGGCCAAGACGAAACAUCUCAGUUGAAGCGACACACGAAACCAUCCGUACAGUCACGAAACCAUUACUGGAAUGAUUUCAUGCUGUCCGACUCGUUGGCAAGGGAACAAAAGGUCGUGCUAGAGUGGCUCCAAAGCAGCGCAAGCCACGGACCGCCAGUGGACGACAUUGUGAGCCACCUUCAGGAGAGCGCAGAGAGGGGUGACAUCCUUGCCCAUGGCUGGCUUCAUACUCGCACCAAGAUCAAGUUGCAGAAGAGCGUGAACGGUUACCAAGGACCGCUUGACCCAAGGGCAUUUGGCUUUGCCGAAUCACAUCUCAGCUCCAACACGCUCGUCACUCAGCUCGAUCCCGAUGCUAUCACACGGCAGGCUCGCAGGUUGGAAACCCAGGAUGACUUUUUCGAGCGCGCCAUCUGGUUGGGCUGCUUUGAAAUGCUACGUCGUGGCUAUUCAAUGGCUGAGAUUCGAGAAUGGUGCUCUGUGAGGACGGAGCUAUGGAGAGCUGCGUCCCUUGCGCCCCUACCGCUUGCGAACCCGGAAGACGAGGACCAGCCCGACUUUGACCCGCGGUCGCUGGUUCUAUGGAGGCGGAUGUGCUUUUCCACCGCUCGGGAUGGUGGAACUAGUGAUUACGACCGGGCGGUCUAUGGCCUGCUGGCCGGUGACAUCGCGAGUGUAGAGAAGGUGUGCGAGACGUGGGAUGACCUGCUAUUUGCUCACUAUAACGCUCUACUUCGAACGCGGUUCGACUCGUAUUUGGUCAAGCACGGUGGAGACGAGGCUGCUAGGGCCGCCCAACAGUUCCCUGCUUUCAACGCUGUUUUGCAUCACGGAGAUCCGCACUCAGUCAGCAAGAGGCUCGUUACCCUCCUCGAGACGGAUUCGAGGACGAGCACUGAAGCUACAAGGCCAUCCAAGGCACUGCAGGGUGCCAUUGUUGCCCAUGAACUCGGCCGUUAUUUGACUAACCAGGGACUCGUCCUGGCGAAGCACGCAAACCAACGAUCAAAGUCCAACUUGAUCCCUCCAGUUGACCUGCAAGUCCCAGAUGAUCUUAAUCACCCUAAAUACUUCAAUCUGUCGGACCACAACAGCCUUCGUGUGCUCAGUCACGUUCUCAUCAUUUACACUACUCUCAACGGGCUCAGCGAGACCCGUAUCAUUUCCGAUGUCCGUCAAGAAGCCAUGGAGAACAUUAUCGCAGCCUAUAUCAGCUACCUCCGCCUCGCCAAUAUGGAGGAGAUGAUACCACUUUAUUGCUCCAAGCUACACGGCCAGCGCGUAUACGAGGCGCUUAGCCGAAAUCUUAUCCACAUUCUCGACAACGACGCACGGAGGGUGCAGAUUUCUAUUAUGAACAGACUAGGCAUCAGUGUUUCGGAGUUUGUCAAGAGGCAACCAGAGGUUUUCCUUAGCGAUGUCAACGACCUUUCACAGCCCUGUGAGGCUAAGGGGAGAUUCAAGGUGUUGGAGGACGGCCCGGCCACACUGAAGUACGGCCGUAUAGUGAAGCCGGAUUUCUUUGGUGACGACGAGGAGGAAGAAUUUGACACAGAAGAGGGACAUAUCAUCUGCUCUCUGGAAUGGCUCAUGCUGACCGAUGCAUUGUUCGUGGAGACAUGCUCAUAUGUCAUCAGGGCCUACAAGUAUUUCCUAAAACGCGCACGCUUGCGUGCUGCCCGUGCACUCUCUCAGAGGGUGCCAGCCCGGGAAAUCAUCCGAAGGAAGACCGGAAUUCUGGUCGGGGGAGAGGAAGAUGGCGGCAGUAUCGAAUGGUUCUCCGAGUUCGCCGCCAGUGAGCUGCCAGAAGAGUUGCUCGCGCGUUACGCUGGUGACAAGGACGCGCUCGUCGCACACGUACGAAACAUGUGGGAGCUUGAGUGUCUUGUCAAGGCGCUCGACUCGAUGGAGACCUUGUCUUCUUUGGCAGGUCUCGCCAGAGAGGAUAGCACCAACUCCCGUGAAAUGUGGCAGCAUACAAGCAAGGAAGUCCGCGCGGCCAAGGCAUGCAUGCAACCAGUUCUAAAGGGGUGGUUGACAGAGUCUAUUCGGCCCGAUCCCGAUUUCCAAGCUCUUCGCGAGGCCUACAUCCCAGAGACCGUGCUGGCCCUCGUUAGUUCUUUGCACUUCGCCGGCGCCACUCUCUCCCGCGACUACUUGCUCGAAUGCAUGGAGCUGGCUGCGGUUGUCGCUGAGAAGGGAUCAACUGCUGCUCAGGAGUUCGUCAAGGCUGGCAGGAUGAAGGAGCUUGUAGAGGCAUUUGCCUCAUGCAGCAAGGCACUCGCUAUCUUCGCGAGCGAAAAGAAGGCCACCUCUAAGGAGACGAAGAAGAUCAGGGAGAACGGUUGGUCUCGGGAGCUCUGGUCUGUCAAGCCACAAUAG